AUGUUAGAACAAUCAUUAGCCGCUUUAUCAUUAGCUACAGUUAAUGGAGAUAAUGCUAUUCCAACCAAAACUUUGGUUUUCAAACCAAAAACUGCUAAAACAGCUACUCCAAUUCCUGUUAUAGUUUUUGCAUUACAAUCAACUUCAACUCCAUCAGGUAUAAUUGCCAAAUCUGUUAAUGUUAAAGAACCAAGAUUAGCUAAAGAUGAUUUAACCAUGGAAUUUUUCAACAAAUCAACCAAAGAAUUCAGUAUUGCUGAUUUAAACAAAGAUUCAGCAGGUAAAAUCAAAUUUAUCAUCGAUAGUCAAAUUUUAAAAUCUGAUGACGUAUUAGAAUUAUCAACUGAAAGUUCAAAAGCUGCUUUACCAGCCAAAACCAUAGUAGAAUUUUUAAAAUCUAUUGAUAUUGAAUUAGUUGAAGUUGAUUUUUCAGCUGAACCAACCCCAGCACCACCAGCUGAAAAAUCCAAGAAAGAUUUAUUAAAAGAAGAAAAACAAGCAGCUAAAUUAGAAGAUGCUAAAUUAAUUGGUAUCACUGUUGAUAAAGCUAAAGAUUUUUCAUCAUGGUAUGCUCAAGUUGUUACUAAAGGUGAAAUGUUGGAUUAUUAUGAUGUUUCAGGUUGUUAUAUUUUAAGACCAAAUUCUUAUGCUGUAUGGGAAACUAUUCAAGAUUGGUUUAACAUCAGAAUUAAAAAAUUAGGAGUUAAAAAUUCAUACUUCCCAAUGUUUGUUUCAUCAAGAGUUUUAGAAAAGGAAAAAGAUCAUAUUGAAGGAUUUGCACCAGAAGUCGCUUGGGUAACUAAAGCUGGUUCAUCAGAUUUAGAAGAACCUAUUGCUAUCAGACCAACUUCUGAAACUGUUAUGUAUCCAUAUUAUUCUAAAUGGAUUAGAUCUCACAGAGAUUUACCAUUAAAAUUAAAUCAAUGGAAUUCUGUUGUUAGAUGGGAAUUCAAACAUCCUCAACCAUUUUUAAGAACUAGAGAAUUCUUAUGGCAAGAAGGUCAUACUGCUCAUUUAACUAGAGAAGGUGCUACUACUGAAGUCGAACAAAUUUUAGAUUUAUAUGCUGGAAUUUAUGAAGAAUUAUUAGCUGUUCCUGUUGUUAAAGGUAAAAAGACUGAAAAUGAAAAAUUCGCUGGUGGUGAUUACACUACUACUUGUGAAGGUUUUAUCGCUGCUACUGGUAGAGGUAUUCAAGGGGCUACUUCUCAUCAUUUAGGUACUAAUUUCUCCAAGAUGUUUGAUAUUUCUGUUGAAAAUCCUGAAGGUUCUGAUAAACCAAGAGUUUUCGCUUUCCAAAAUUCUUGGGGUUUAUCUACUAGAGUCAUAGGGGUCAUGGUUAUGAUUCACUCUGAUAACAAAGGUUUAGUUUUACCACCAAGAGUUGCUCAAAACCAAGUUGUUGUUAUCCCAGUGGGUAUUACUGCUAAGACUACUCCUGAAGAAGAAAAAUCCAUUAAUGAUGGUGCUGCCGAUAUUGAAUCAAGAUUAUUAGCUGCUGAUGUAAGAGCCAUUAGUGAUUUCAGAGAAAACUAUUCUCCAGGUUGGAAAUUCUCUGAUUGGGAAUUAAAGGGUGUUCCAUUAAGAAUUGAAUUCGGUCCAAAAGAUUUGAAAUCUGGUCAAGCCACUGUUGUUAGACGUGACAAUGGUGCUAAAGCUGUUGUUGCUUUAUCAGAAUUAGAAACUAAAAUCCCAGAAUUACUCGAAACCAUGCAAAAAGAUUUAUUAGAAAAUGCUCGUAAAGAUUUUGAUAAUCAUAGAGUUGUUGUUGAAGAAUGGAAAGAUUUCGUUCCAACUUUAAAUGCUAAAAAUGUUAUUGUUGCUCCAUGGUGUGGUGAUGGUGAUUGUGAAGAUGAUAUUAAAGAUUCAUCAGCUAAAAAGGAUAAUGGUGAAGAUGAAGAAGUUGAUGAAAAAGCUCCAUCAAUGGGUGCUAAAUCUUUAUGUAUUCCAUUUGAUCAACCAACUUUGAAACCUGAUCAAAAAUGUAUUAAAUGUGAUAAAAAGGCUGUUAACUAUUGUAUGUUCGGAAGAUCUUAUUAG